AUCGGACCUGUCGCUGAACUUACUAUCGUUAAUAGAGUAAUCGCGCCCGACGGCUUUGAACGGUCGGCUACACUCGCAGGAGGGAUUUUCCCUGGCCCUCUCAUCAAGGCGCAAAAGCACGACAACUUUAGCAUCAAUGUUGUGAACCAAUUACAGGACAAAAGCAUGCCUUUAUCGACGAGCGUACACUGGCAUGGUAUUCAUCAAGAGAAGACGAACUGGGCGGAUGGUACCUCGUUCAUCACUCAGUG